AUGCGAGCACCGCGGCGUUGGGGCACCGUGCUGCUUCUGCUAGCGGGGCUCAUGUCCCUCCUCAGCCCGGACAGAGCGCUCGGAGCGCCGCAGAGAGAAGUUUCCGUUUCACGGGAUGGCUCUCUCUCUCCGCCGCCCUACGUUGUCAUUCUCAUCUCUUGCUCUGGCCUGGUCUCCUUCAUUCUGCUGCUUCUUACCUGUCUGUGCUGCAAACGGGGAGGAGUCGGCUUCAAUGAGUUUGAUAAUGCUGAGGGAGAGGAAUGUUCUGGAGGCUCCAGCCCAGCACCUGAGGACAGCCUGUCUUCCUGUCCAUCUCUGCCAGAUGUCUACACGCUUCCUCUGCGAGACCGAGCAUGUCCGGCACUGUCCAACGGCACAGACUCCAGUUCUCAGUGUUUCCGGAGACACACCCUCAACUACCUGCAGGAGAUUGGAAAUGGAUGGUUUGGAAAGGUGAUCCUAGCAGAGGUGCUGUGUGACUGCAGCUCCUCUCAGGCUGUGGUGAAGGAGUUGAAAGUCAGUGCCAGCCCUCUGGAACAGCGCAAGUUCCUGGCGGAGGCUGAGCCAUACAGGAGCCUCCAGCAUCCCAACAUCUUGCAGUGUUUGGGUCAGUGCAGUGAGAGCAUUCCCUAUUUGCUGGUCAUGGAAUUCUGCCAGCUGGGGGACCUCAAAAGGUAUCUAAGAGCUCAGAGGAAGUCAGACGGCAUGACGCCAGAUCUUUUGAACCGUGACCUCUUAACCUUGCAACGAAUGGCAUAUGAGAUCACCUCAGGCCUCCUGCACCUUCAUGAGAACAACUACAUACACAGUGAUCUGGCACUGAGGAACUGUCUGCUCACCUCAGAUCUGACGGUCAGGAUCGGAGACUAUGGUCUCUCACACAAUCACUACAAGGAAGACUACUAUCUGACUCCGGAUAAGCUGUGGAUCCCUCUGCGCUGGAUCGCCCCAGAGCUGUUGGAGUUCAGAGGAGGACUGAUGGUCACGGACCAGACCAAGACCAGCAAUGUGUGGUCCUUAGGUGUGGUGAUUUGGGAGCUAUUUGAGUUUGGCGCCCAACCACACAGACAUCUGAGUGAUGAAGAAGUCCUCACCUUUGUCAUUAAGGAGAGGCAAAUUACACUGGCCCAACCUCGCCUUAAACUCUCCCAUGCUGACUACUGGUAUGAAGUCAUGCAGUCAUGCUGGCUUCCACCCUCUCAGCGUCCAACAGUCAAUGAAGUCUUUAUUCUCCUCUCCUCACUGCUGGCUGCGGAGCAAGGGAGGACUGGAACAGAGGAUGAGGAUGAAGAGGAGUAUGAGGAACAGCACGGCAGAGGAAGGAGAGGAGAGAGCGAAGAAUCUUUUGAAAGACGAUGGGAUUCGCUCCGCCCAAAUGCAUUCCAGUCGGCUGCCAGAGAACGGCAGAGAGAGAGAGAUUACAGCAGAGAAGACGGAGGCUUCAGAGGGAACGGUAACUCCUUUCCUCUGCUGGAUCCUGUGAAUUCCAUCACUCCUACUUCAUCUGAGCUUGACGACAUCCUGACAGUCACUGAGACUAGCAAAGGGUUAAAUUUUGAAUACUUCUGGGAGAAGGCCCAUGGUAGGAGGGGUUACAAACCUCUUCCUCCCCCUCAACCAAUUCCUACUCCUAGCUCUGGUCACAGGCAGUCCCUGGAUACGCCCACUGUCGUUCCUGUCAUCAGUGCUCGUAGCCCCUCACUAGCCAGCGAGUACUACAUCCGCUUGGAGGAACACACCCCACAGGAUAAGUCCCCUUCUCUUAAAGGGAAAGCAUCCUCUUUACGAGCAGAUUCAGUUAGCCCAGGGGAUUUGGAGUUAGUAGAGAUUCGUGCUGGGACUCUAGGAAAGGAAAGACCUACUUUUGGUUACCAAGACAACUUUGGACGAGGUGCUUCUCAGACAGUUCAGACUGUGAGGUCCAGUGAAGUCCAGGUUCUGGUGCCUAAUACGGGCCUGGUUGAGUUUAGUAAAGAAAGUUGCAACAAAGUGACAGAUUUUGCAGUGGUAGAUGUUGGAGACAGAACAGGGGAUGUAAAAAGAGAUCAAAGCCUGAGGUGCUCUGGAUCUGUAACCUCCCAAGCACCCGUCCUCCCUCCAAAGCCCCGCUCUGCAUCCACCUCUUCAGGCAGCCACUUACACUCGCGACCCCUACCUGUUCCUCCUCCGAUAUAUCCCCGGUCGUAUGGGCUAGGUCACUACACUGGAUCCUCUUACCCCAUGGGCAAACCGGAGACUUCGGAUCCAUUGUUUAUGAGCAGCUGUUCAUCAAAAGGCAACUUUGAUCAUUUGGGAUUCAACCGAACACAUCAGACAUUGCCUCCGUCUCCAUCUCUCUCUCCAUCAAUCCCCCCAUCUUCUGGAGGACCAUCUGUGUAUCCUCCACCUCAGACCUGCCCCCCACCCCUCCCUCCCCAUUAUAGACUCCAGAGGGGCUCCUACCACCAUUACUCUGGAGAAACGUUUCCCAGACAUAAGAAUGCUGCGGUGCACUUACAAAGAGACCCAUUAAGCUGUGACUAUGCUGACAUGCGAACUGCUGAGAGAAGCUUGACACGUUCGCAGUCCUUGCACAAUUCGAGGGAUGGGACAGAUUCAUACAUAAAAGACAGGGAGUCCUCGAUGGGCAGAGAAUCGUCCUAUUCCAGAAUGAUUAGCUCUCAGUCCAUGAUUCCAGAGUUUGAGAGAAAGUCCUCCUCCAGCCCAGCAUCCUCGGAAGAUGAUGAUUCCCCCUUCAUGUCUCCGAGCAGACCCAGUGGUGGCACUACCAUUGAACACACCAGUCUGGCUGAUGAUCCUGCUACGACCGAACUUUUCUCUAGAGGAAUGAAACGAACCCAGUCUCGUCUCGACACCAUUCUACCAGCCAUCUGGAAGGAAGAUGCAGAGAUGCAUCGGGAGCGAGUUGCAGCAGCCAGGAAAUCCCCAAUACACCUGUUCCUGACAGAAAUCUCCAAUGAAUCCUCAGACCCAAACAUUGGACAAACCUCAUGGGGCAGGGAGAGUGACAGGGAGAGUGGAUUUAAAGGGUUGCGACGCUCCCAAUCCCUCCUCGCUGAGCUAGACUCAGCGGCACAGGCCUGGGGAUCAGACAGGGGGUUACUGACUGAACAAAACAAUGGUCCAAAAAAGAGGGAUUUGUUCCUCACUGAGAUUGACACAGCAGUGUCAGAUUGUGAAGAUGCAUAUGACGGUGAAGGGGGAAUCCCAGUAUCCCGCUUUGGAACCACACCCUUCCCUUACGCAUGUCCCCAAGACUUACCAACGUAUGCCGAAGCAGAAGAAGCGUAUUCACAAGGAAUGAAGCGAUCUCGCUCCCUGCUGUCUGAGAUAACCAUUGAGACUGCAGAGCCUGAGGCUAAGAAAGAGGAAAUGACCAGAGAGGAGUUUCUAAGAGAGAUCCAAUCAGCUGAGACGUUUCUCACUGAAAUAAUAACGAGGCAGCGCAAACAAGAGGAAAGUCUGUCACCUAUAGCAAUAUCACCUGAAUAUGAGACAAUAUGCAUUGACCCAGAAUUCUCGCAAACUAUAAGAUUUGAGUCUGAAAGAUCAUCAGAAAACCCCCUGAGUGAGACAAAAGAGGCCAUUUAUGCUCAAGUUACCAAAAGAGCUAAAAAAAGUGAAAUAAAAGUAGCAGUGCGUCCCGAAAUUCCAGUCCUACAAAUAGCGACAGAAUUACAAAGCCUAAAGGUGGAGCAAAAAUUAGCCCCUGAUACUAAUCUGGCCAAGGCCGAAUUAGACACAAAGCCUCAAAGCCCUGUUGAUUUUGUUCCUUCAGGCAUCUUGCCUAAAACAGGGCUUCUGAUGGACCAGGUGUCUCCUCUUAUGAUAGAGAACAAAGAUACUGAGGUGACCGUCUGUGGAAAGGAAGUGUUAGGACCCAGUGUAUCCCUCCAUAAUAAAAGGUCUGGAGAAAGACCAGAACUAUUCAGACAGUCUGAAGUUCAGCCUUUGUCACAGGAUAGCUCAGGUGAGGGCAUAACCCAAGCGAGUGAUCAGAGCCUCUUGACUGAUAAUACUGAGAGCAUUAAUGCAGUUACUGAGAUAAAGAGUACUGAGGGUAGCCCAGUGACUAUAGACUCAGAUAAAAUGUUUAAGGCAGAAGCAGGGUCUCAGUGUUAUGGUUCAUCUGAAAGUGCAGAAAAAACAUCUAAAGAUUUUCCUGAGCAUGCCAAUUUAGCAUAUACCACUGUCUCCACAACUGAGACUGACUGUGGCACAGAGACAUCUCCUGCAUCCAGUGAGAACCCUACUUUGACUGAAAGAGGCAAAAAUUCAGACAUCAGAUAUGAUGGUAAAGAAAUAGAAAUCUCGAAGAAUAUCACUUCAAAUCAAACAGGUAUGGAUGCAUUCCCAUUUACAUUGGCGAGGGAACCAAACUCUGAUCAGUCUCUGUCCACUAUUACACCCACAGACUCCACCUUAUCACCUCUUACCUCUAGUUCUAUGGACUGCCUCACACCUGGAGACUCAUGGACUGUUGGGGGAGGCUCUGGCUGGAGGGUCCUUGGGACCGAAACUCCCCACCGGGACUCUGCCUACUUCUCAGACAGUGAUUGGGAUGCCGGUGAGGGUUUACCCAGAAAAGGGAGCGAUGGAUUAUGCUCCUCCCGUCCUGGCAGUGGCAGAACAGGAGAGAGAGGGGGAAUACUGAAGGGAAUUGAGGAAAAGACAGAAGUGGAUGAUGACAGUCUAAUAUGGCAUGAGAGUUCGAAUAACAAAGCAAGAGAAAAGGAGCAUGUUCAAAAAUUAUUUUUAGAUAAAGUGGUUAUAAGGAGAUCUGGUGAUGGCAUAGAGACAGUGGAGGUAAGCGAUGCUGAGAAGAGUCUCAAACACAGUAGUGACGAUGGUGUUUCUGGGGACUCAAAGACUGAAAGCACUGUUGAACUUAUUGACAAGCUGCUCUCCACCACAGAGGACAAGCCUCUGAAAGGGUUUCCAUACAGCAAUGGCUCACAGCUUAAUUUCCAAAUGUCCUCUUUUGCUGAUUCUGGUCAAGAAAUAGAGCAUCAGGCAUAUUUGAAAGCUAAUGAACAUGAAAUGGUAGAUACUUCAAAAUUGAAAGAAAUUCAGAAGCAGACACCAGACAGUUGUGAAUCUAGGUUAUCUCAGUUUUACAGCUUUCAGUCAGAAACCUUGCCAUCCAUCAACAGCAUCCAUAUUAAUGAGAAGUCCUGCAUUGCAGGCACACAGUGCAGCUUAACCCACUCCAUCUGGUCAGAGACAAACAGUGAAGUGAUGUCAAUAACAGAGAAGGAGACACUGGAUAUGCGAGAUGUAGAUACCAAUGAACUGGGCUUGAGAAACCUAUCUUAUACUGAAGAAAAUGAAGAUGAGCAGGCAAUGCUAAAGUCAGAGACUGAAGGGCAGUUAGCUGCAGUUGAGCUAUGCUUCACAACAAAGAAGUCUCCAAACACUGAAAGAGAACAGGUCACUUUAACGGAGACCUCGAAAAAGGAAUGUUUUUAUGACUUUGUUGAGGAAGCCUCAAAUGGACUAGAACUGAGGGCAAAAGAAUUAUGGAAUGAUCUUGAGGAUGAAGGCACAGGUGGAUGUCUAAAGGGAGAAUUUGAUUGCCAUCGAUUCCAGCAAGGAGAUCUUCCCUUGUGGUCAGCUGAAAAUGACCAGUGGGCAUCAGCUGAAAAUGAACAGUGGGUAACAGCCAAGAUUCAGAGCUCUGAAAAAGAAUUAGGGUCAGAGUUCCUCCCAGGUUUUGGACAAAACAAGUGGGAAGAGGAGGAGCAGUUAGUUGCAGGCUGUGAAUUUUGGGAAGAAGGAGCAAAUGAUGAGCUAGCGAAGAGUGAGCCUCGUCCUACCGUUCUGGAGACAGAUGAAAAUAGCUGCAAUGAUGAAAGGCUAGAACAGGCCGAUUACACUGCACAACAAACAUUUCCCGGUUGGGUUCAGCGAGUUCCUGAAACUCAGCAGACACCACUGCAGAUGAUGGUUAUUCAUCAGGAAGAAAACAUUGAGAUUCCUGAUAUGGAAAAUGGAGUGUCAGGACAUGAAAUGAGCUGCAUAAAAGUGGAGGUGGAUAAUCUGGAGAACCCAGAGCAAGAACCUCUUCCCCAGUUUAAUGGCGUUGGAAGGAUAAGCUCCAGUACCCCAGGUUCCAAGGUGUAUAUACAAAAUGAAGCAGAUGAAGAUUUUUUGGACACAGAAGGAAAUCAAAACUUCAGCAGACUGGCAAACAUCCUUAACAUACAGAAUGAGACAGGUCAAAGAGAUGGUGUAGAGCACUCUACUGUGAAAAAUCAGAACGAAUCUCAGGCUAAUCACAACAACAGCUGGGUCACAACACCACGUGAAACUGAAGAGGUGAAAAACUUGGUCAUUCCUUCCACAGGAGAAUUGUCAAACUCUGGCCCAGCUAAUACUGCUGUUAAACCCCACUUAACAGUAUCAUGCCAAGACAGUUUAAACAGUCAAGCUGACAGGCAGGAUAAUGAAAAUCACUGCCGAACACCAAAUAGGGAGGGAGGGGAGGAUAUAUAUUUUGAAAAAGAUAGAUCAGAUUCUCUGUCUUGUCCCAGUCUCACUGUUAAUAUUGAAGCAGAACCAUGCACAAUCCAUACAGGCAAUGUCCAGUGCUACUCCCCUGCCUUUGUGUCUGUGGAGAUCUCAGACUGUGAUGCUUCUCAGCAUCCAGAGAUGAGUGACUGCCAAGGCCCUAACAAUUUUCCGAACACAGUGCACCAUAUAGAGAUUAAGUCUAGUGCAAAUUUACAGAGUGCAACUGAUCAACCGUGGCCUGAUGUUAUAGACCAUGAAGGUCUAUCAGUCUUCUCUAUUGAUGCUGAUUCAUUUGAUCAGCCUGAAAGAGAACGUUCAACCAACACUCACAGCAAAGGGAUCACAGCCAAUUUAGGACAAAAAACGCACAUGUCAUUAAUCAGUGAAAAUCAGGCUCGCCUGGUGUCGGACUGUGUCAAUGAAGAUGACAGAAAUAGCAUGUUUCAUCCUUCAAUCUCUCAGAGCACCUUGAACUCCAUUCCAGAGUUGCUGAUCUCAGAGUGGAAGGAUUUGGAUGAGGAGCCCUUGGAGGAUUUUGAAAAGCUAGAGAAGUUGUGCUGCAUUUCUGGAGAUGAAGAUAUUCUUGGAGAUCUCUUCUUGGGAAACCUAGAACUGCUGGAAUCUUUGAAAAAGAGUUCUAGCACAGAGGAAGGCCAAGACAUCUCUGGGACUUCAGAAGGCAAGACCAGAGCUGAGCUGAAAGAAGAGGUUGAUGGAAUCUCAGAUAUCUCCAUGACAAAAUCACAAGGCUUAAAGCAGAAUGAGAAUGGCUCUCAGAACUUCUCAGAAAGCUCCCAGCUUUCACUGGAAAAGAAGGUGGCAGUAAACGUCUCAUCGACUGUUUCCCCCUGCCAUUCAGGUGAAGGCACCAAAGGUCAACGAUCACUGUCACAAAUGCCAACAAAAAAUGGGCUAAUGAUGCAGGUUUGUGAAGAAAAACUGCAGUACUCCCUCAGUGAGAAUGUCAAAACCAACGUGCUCUGGGGGUCUGCCCUCACUGACAGCGUGAUUCUGCGUCCCUGGGGAGACACCAGCACUGCCACUGAGAAUGAUGCUGCUAGAGAAAAAGCCUCCCAAGACACUGAGAAUAAAAGGGAGACAGGACCGCCCAGCCCUGUUUUAUCUAAGAAUGAAGAUGCUGAAGUAGAAACAGAGACAUUGACAGUGAUGGAGCAGCCUGAGGUCACACCUGCCCUGCCUGCUACUAACCAAGCUAUGAAGGCUAAACUGGCCCGUCUCUCCCUCUCCCUCCCUCCACUGGCACUGUCGCUCCCUCUCUCUCCUGGCCCCAAAGGAGGAUUCUGGGACGGAGGCGACCACAGAAUUGGUCGGAGGAGGGGAGUUUCAGCCGGAAGUGAUCCUGAAGAAGAAGAGGAAGAAGAACAGGAGGACGAGUCCUCCAGGAAAGUUAUCGUUGUCACAGAAACAGACGUUCACAAGCGAGUAGGUCUGCGGAGCUUGCUGAAAUCACCCAAGGAACCCCUGGACAAAGAGAACCGCGACCAUGGAAGGAAUGUGUCUUUUUUUGAUGAUGUCACAGUCUAUCUUUUUGAUCAGGAAACUCCAACUAAUGAGCUGAGUUCGGGCUCUGCACCUACAAGUCCAUCUCCUCUUGGAAAGCCUGCACAUUUUGAUGGGCUUGGAGCGAGCACUCACAAAGCCAGCAAGAACAAAGACCAUGUGAAGCCAAGAUCUCCCACAACCAUUAGUUCUGUCCCGUCAUCACGCUUCACCGUCAGCCCUGCCGACGAUCCGCAUUUGGUGUGACCCACUCCUUCCACACACCUGGAGAAAAUGUAGCUCUCUGGAGUGACAGAGUUGUCUCUGCAGUCACUGAUAACCAUGGUGACUUCUGGAGGUUAUUUUUUUAAAUCAGGCUAAAGAAAGACUCCUGUUUGCAAGGCUGGAGAUAUUCCAGGUUUUACUUUGCUGCAGGAGCUGGUCCACUCUUUGCAAAGCAGGAACCUCUACAGCUGAGCAGCCUGGAGCUAUGUAAAAUCUGAAAUGGAGUUCACGGCUAUGCAAUGGGAGUCUUAUUGUGUACCAGCUUAACUGCUCUAUUUUCAUAGCUUCUUUAAGUACAUUUGUAUUCUAAUCCUCUUUUACAGGAGGGGAAGCACUUUCUUUGACCAGUACCUGUCUAUUUGUGGGCUUGAAUAGAAAUAUUGCCAUUGUAAAUUUGUUCUCAUUGCAGUCAAAUAUCCUUGUAGGCUUGAGAGGGCAAACCCAACCUCCCUAUCUAACAGUGCAGUGCUCUUUUAGUAUUUGUACAAAUGAAUAGUGAAAUCCAACGGUGUACAAACUCAUUUUAGAACCAUUUAUUUUAGAUGUAUUCUUAGAAUGCACGACAGAAUUAAACUGCUACCUACUGUUAUGUUUUAUACUGUAUUUUUUAUUGCAAAUUGUUAUUUAUUUCUG